AUGGGGAUACUCGAUGUGUUAAUAAUAGGGGGUGGCCCUCAUGCCUUGACCCUCGCCAGCUUGCUAUCCAACCCUGACCCUGAUCCACACUCAGACCUCGGACAUGACUUAGCCCUCUCCUCCUCCUCCUCCUCCUCUUCCUCCUCGGACCCUUCGGGGCCUCAGACAAACCCAGAAACAUCAAACAACAAAAGCUGCGGUGGCAGGAAGAAGAGAAGAGUCGCAGCUGUUGCAGGCUCGACACUGAAGGAGCGACCAGACAAGUCAACGAUGUCAGAGAGGGUCCACUUCCCCCCGUUGAGUCUCCGUGUGGUGGAUUCUUAUGGAGAGUGGACAACUCUGUGGGAGAGCCAGUUCACAGCUCUGAACAUCCCUCAUCUGCGCUCACACACACUGGUGCACACAGACCCUCUCAAUAAGAAAGCCCUGCAGGACUUUGUUUUAAAGUCGGAUCGCUCUGCAGAGCUUCACAGUCUCCCAGACCAGGUUUACAUUCUGGACGAAAACGCAUUUUUCAAUGACAUGAGGCUCGGCAGGAAAGAGAGGAAACGCCUCAACGUCACUACAACACUCAAGAAGAGUUUAUCCUUCAGUCUGCCAGGAACCAAUCUAAGUGUGGAUUUCUUUAAAGAUCAGGUGGAGAGAUACAACUUGGACAAAGUGCUGCUGAAGGGAACAGUGGAGCACAUCGCCCCCGUGGUGGAGGACAGGGCUGAGGUGAGGUAUUUUCAAGUCCACCUUCAAGAGGGCAUCGUCCUAAAAGCCCGCCAGGUCGUUAUGGCGACAGGUCCGACCCGUGCCCAGAUGGCAAACAUCCCUUCAUGGGUGAAAAGCAUUGCAGAGAGCUACCCAGAGGAGCGCUUGCAACACACAGUGCACCUCAUGCACCAGCUGCCAACCGCUCGGCAAAAACAGAAAGACACUUUUCCCACUCAAGUGUGUGAGGCAGGGCAGAGAGUAAUGGUAGUUGGUGGAGGUCUGACCAGCGCUCAUGUCGUCUCAAUUGCCCUGCAGCAAGGUGCCAGCCGUGUGACAUGGGUCAUGAGGAAGCACCUCCAGUUAAAGCAGUUUGACGUGGGCGACGUGGAGAGCCUGGUGGGCCGUUACUCCCACGUGGAGCACGGCAUCAAGAUGGAUGGCCAAGCCUACCUGAGGCAGUUCUACAAUGAGCGGAGCCUCCACAAACGCCUGGCUAUGAUUCGCCAGGCGAGGAAAGGAGGAGCCGUCACCCCGGAGGCCUACGUCCACCUGCAGCCGUUCAUCCUGAAUGGACGGGUGGACAUGAAGACGUACUGUCAGGUGAGUGAAGCCAGCUGGUGCUACAGGAGCCAGGCCUGGAGCCUCUCACUCAGCACUGGGGGCCACUGGACUGGAGAUAUGAUCUGGCUCGCCACCGGCUGCCAACUUGAUGUCGAACAGGACCCCUUGCUGUCUGAGGUGAUGAAGGAAUUCCACAUUCAGGUGAUCGAUGGCUGGCCGUGCAUAUCGGAGAGCUUACAGUGGGCAGAGGGGUGCCCCUUCUACCUGAUGGGGCAGUAUACAGCUCUUCAGGUUGGACCUCAUGCAGUCAACCUGGCCGGCGGACAGGCUGCCAGCAUGCGAAUCGCCAAGGACAUCAUGCGCCGUCGGCAACAGGACAAUGAGGAGGCUUCUGAACUGAGAGGGGUGAAAUCUAAAACCGAAGAAUAUAUUCAACAGAUGCAAGGCCUAUUAUGGCUUUAAUGUUAUUAUUAGUCAUCUAUGCUCAUGCUCUGUGUGUUAUGUGGCCUAUGUUGCCUUAAUUAAAUGGAUUGGACUCAAAUAAAUGCUGUGAAACUGA